AUGAAUUACCGAAACAAGACAACAACAUGUUGUGGGCAUUCCGAGUGGGGAUUUCUUUCAUUAUUAUUGGGAUCGUCAAACAUGGAACCAUUCAAUUUGAUGGCCACCACUACAACAACAACCAAUACUUCCCACUUGCCGUUUAUAAAGCAAGUUGGCUUUUCCAACAACAACAAUGGCUUUCAAAAGACUCCUCUCUCCGUUAUUUGUUUGGAAUGUGCCUUGAAAUUCAUGUUCGACAGCUCGCAACUCUCACUCCGAAGAGUAAAAGCCUUGCAAAUGGUGAGAAUGUCAUUAGAAGGAAGAAAUUGGAAUCAGCAGAUGCCCAAAAUUGCAUCAUCUUGUGCUACUCUAGUGAAGGAGAAUCGAUCAAUGAUAGGCAAUAGCCAGCAGAACUCUGUUCCCUCAUUCAACAUGUUGAGUAGUACAAACUCUCAAAUUGAGAAUGAGGAGCCUCAACAUGCAUCAUCAUUGUGUUCCAACACCAUUUCCUCCAUAUUAUUGUCAUGCAUUUUAGGAAUGUUAGACCGAACUCGCAAUGAGAAAAAUGUUCUGGCCACAACCCACGCUCUUCAAAGAGAUUCCUCAGAACCGUCGCACCAAAGAAAAAAUGUGGAUCAAGAGUUAUUGAGCGAGAUUAUUGACUUGUUUUUUCAACAAGUUAGCCAUGACUUUUUAUUGAACCACUUGACUCACAUGACACAAAUGCUCAUCGAUCAGAACAAAUCAGAACAAGUUCUUGAGUCGGACUGGCUUCGUUUUGUUUGUGGUUUAUUCACUGCUUUGCAAGAGAGUCACGCUCGUAUUAACGAGCAAUUCGAGGGAUACUUGAAUUCCAUGCUAAAGCUUUGUGUGUCAUAUUUCACCGAUGGCGGCAUGGACACCUCUGUACUCGCUCAGUACACGCUCGAAAAGAAAAUCACAGCACUUUUUAUUAUGAUCAAAUAUUUACAGCUUGACACAGAAAACCUCUCUCUUGACUCGUUCGAGUCACAUGAUUUUGUAACUUCUCUCUUAAAUUGCUUGCUUAAACAGAACUCAGAAGACUUGCACAUGAAUGCUCUUGCCGUUUUGUAUGGCCUUAUUGAACGGUUCUGUCUUCACUACAAUUCGAAGGAAAAAUAUCAAUUCAUUUCUAUUCUUUUAAAUGAUGCUAAUACUUUGAUUGACGCCUUAAUUUCAGUCAUACUCUCUCCCAAUAUUGGCAUUCAGCUACUUGCAUCAAAAAUUAUCCAACUAUUGUGCAGCCCUCGGGGCAAUGAAAAGUUAUCACAGGGCCAUUUCACAACGAGCUUUAUGAACUCUGAUAUUUGGGAUUUUAUACUUGAAUGCCUGCGUAAGAGUGAGUCUGCUGUAUUGAGUGAAAUUUUAUUUUCCAUAUUAUGCAGUUUUGUAGAAUAUCAAAGUUUGACAUUGGUUGGUGACAUGACUUCCAAAGACUUCACUCAAAAAAUAAUACUGAUGGGUAUUGACAUUUUUACCACUUAUUUUUCACCAGCAUGCAAUUUAAUGAAUGCAAUGGAUGAGCACUCGUUAUCCAUCAUGCAGUCGAUACUGAAAAUUACAAAAAUCUGUUUUCUCUCUUCAGAAAGCCUUGCAAUCCAUCAAGAAUUGGAAGAGAAUAGCAGCCCACAACUUUUUAGCAAGAUUAUUGUGCAGUGCACGUUUUGUGCAAAUUUUAUGUUAUCGAUACUAGACAAUCAGCAGCAUCAAAUCGAAUAUAUUCCAGAAUUAAUGACAAUCAAUCUGCUGAACACUUUAAAUGACUUUUUGAAAUAUUUCAUUGAUGAUUCCUUUCCUCAACAGAGAAGAGUGGAUAUGCAUUCCUUUUUCAACAAAAUGCUGGACAUUUUCAAAAUUUUAUUGACACAAGCAGAAUUUGAUUCUACAUUUGAAGAAUUUUUAUUGCAAUUUCUUUCAGUUUGCUUAGUUGGGUACGAAAAUGGAAAUUUAUUGCCAUUCGCUGAAAAGAUAGACGCCAUUUUAUUGAGUUGCUUCAAGUUGUCCAUGUUUAUUUCGUUGCACAGCAGAAUGAGCUCUGUAUAUACUUCAUGCCUUAGUUUUUUUGUUUUGAGACUCAGAAAAGAACACAACACUGCGCUUGCGAAACAGCUAAUGGAGAGGAAGGUCUUCUCGUUGCUUUUUCAAUCUUCUUCUGCGGAUCGUGACUUAAUUCAAACCUUUAAGAUUCUUUCUCUUCACGUUUUACAUACAUUAUACUUCAUUGAUAUGAAUCACUAUUCGGAUUCAGUGAUUCGAGACAUUUGUUUGGAUUUUGAAAAUUUGAGAAACAUAAUGUCCUGUAGAACAAACACCUUUGCCACAUUAGAAUUCCUUCUAGCGCUGCUGCACGCUUCGUUUUUUAAUGAGGAACAUCCUAUUGGUCAUGAGCAAGCUCAUUCCUUGCUUACGCUCUUUGCAGAAACAGCUGCAUCUUGCGUUGAAAUUUCUCCUCUGUGCAAGCUAAAAUUUAGUGAAUUAUUUGCAUUUCUAUGUUCUGAAUUUGGCUUGAGAAGUUCCCAUUCACAUGCACAAUUAGUCGUCAAGUGGUAUCUACAAGUGGCCUCUACCUCCUUACCAAUAGAGCUCACAAAUCUUGCUUGUAUCGUAAAAUGGAUCUCAAGACAUCAUGAAUCGACAUUACCUGGUGUAACAUUAACAUUUAUCUCGAAUGUGGUAUUGCUUCGUACUGAAGAUGCAAGAAAUGGACAAAGUAGUAUUAGCGGUAUUUCAUUGUUGCGGGAAGCAGGAUUAGAUGUUUUUCAAUCACUCAUGCAAAUGGUCUCCACAGACAAGCAGUUCAAUAGUCUAUCCCAUUCCAUGAGGUAUAUUUGUUUGUUUCAUGAAUACUUUAUCAACGAGUUGCAUAUUAAUGAGAGGGAAAUAACAUCUUUAUUGCAGCAGGUUGUGGAACCAAUUCUUUGUACUUGUUACAUUUCCUUGAAGAAAGGAUCAUAUGUGAAUUCAGAAAUUUGUCAACUAUGUGACGAGAUUUCAACUUUCCUACCAACUUUAUUGACAAGAACAGACCUGGCUGUGCCAUUCUCUUCAUCGCUUACCACUCAACUCAACUCGCUUUUUCAACUCGAGCUUAAACUAUUUCAGAUCGUAACAUUUGGUGGAGAUGAGUUAUGGCCAUGUUGCAUCUCAGUGGGCAAUAUAAUUAGCUUCCUAAUGUUUCUGCUUGCUCGAGAAAAGAACACGAUACUCAUCAAACCUAUUCCACUCCAUAUGACCAAUAGUCAUUCAAAAGUCAUUUCGUGUGUUGAACACAUUAUUGAACGCUUAGAGCCUUUCCUCUCUAAAACGACAACAACUAUGGUGACGCUCUCCUCAAGUUCAACCAUGUCAUACACAAAGAUAAUGUCUUUUAUCCUCCAAUUGCAAACCUCUAUUUUCAUCAUGAUGAAAAGCGCCAGCAACGUGAGUGUGAAUAUUUUACUUCAUGUAAAGUUCAUAGAAACGUAUGGCCUCAGUCAUGAAUCCCCACUUAUUCGUGUGAUGGCCUCAACAGCACUUUGUACUAUUUGUUCCAAGUUGGAAUAUGAUGAAAAAUGUCAGGUUUGGAAGUAUUCUCUCGUGCACACAUUGCUUAACAACAUUUUAAAUCAAAAUGAAGAGAUUAUUGCUUUCAAUUCUGUGUAUACACUUUACAUGCUCGAGUGCUCUCGACCAAAGUCAAAAUCAGUUCUGUCACAAGUCAUGUGGAACGAAUUUAUCGUUCGAACCAUAAUUGCCGAUCAACUCAAAGCUGCUACCUUUGAUGGCAACUCCCAACACACUGGCAGGUACAAUUCUUCCUUUAUUUUGUACUUGUACUAUUUGCAUACCAAGAGUCCAACUCCCCAUCAAUUCUUUUCCAUGUUACAUCCAUUUCUCAACAAUGAAAAUUUUCUUCAACAAUUAUUGAACUCUGUUGAAACACCAUGCAUAUCAGAAUGGCUCUCAUUGAUACAAAUUUUCAUUGGAACUUUUUCUCCACUCAAGAAUGACAUAAAAUCCUUAGUAAGGUCACAAUUCGGAAGAAUUUUGUCUGAACUGGAGGAUUAUGAGAACGUUGAGGCCAUGAAAAUGCUUUCAUAUACUCUACCGUCAUCCUAUCCUUAUUUCUCGACAUACUCUCCACAACAACAACAGGAGCGUCUGACUCUACCACAGAGGAACACCGCACUUCCAUUCCUUUCAAUCUUCACCACGGAAUUGUUUGUUAUUGGCGAUCUCAUCUCUAGUCCAAUCUCAAAAUGUUCAUUGUCACUGACAAAUACUACCGAAAAUAUUGUAAAGAUGUGCAAAGAUGCCAAAUUCAUGAUUCAUCAACAAUAA